AUGUCUUACAAUGAAUCUUCCAACAUGGGUCGUGAUCGAGAAAUGAAGAUUCGGAUGGCUCAGGAGGCUCAAGCCGUAAUUGAGUUCGAAGAGGAUCCUCACCGCGCGGCGCUAGAGGAUAACCCAGCUGAGGCGCGGUCUAUGGCGUUCUCUUUCGGGCCACCUGUUGGACUUGCAUUCCUCACCGUCGCCUCGGUCGUUGUGCAAGUUACUGGAGAGCUCGGUGGGCAAGACCAACUUGCCUGGGUCGUAGGAUCAUGGUCUCUUUCGACAGCCUGCUCCUUCUCUCUCGCAGGACCCCUCAGCGAUGUAUUCGGCAGAAGGAUAUUGGUUCUGGGAGGCCAAUUCACCGUUGCAAUCGGUUGCAUCGCUGCGGCCGCCGCGCAUAAUAUCUCGACUCUCAUAGCGGCCGAAACACUUAUUGGCCUCGGGACCGGUUUUGUCUUCGUUUCCUACGCAGGCGUACCCGAGAUGCUACCCAAUAAGUGGCGGUCUCUUGGAUUGGGAAUUUUGGAAUCUGGCAUCGCUUUACCCUGGGGGAUCCUUUCCGUCCUGCUCGGCAACGCCCUCUUCAAGUAUACUUCGUGGCGAUGGAUAUUCGGCAUCGGCAUCAUCAUCGAGUUCAUAGCCCUUGUCGGCACUUGGUUCUCCUACCAUCCAACUCCUCGGCCCCGGGGCGACUUCGACAAGACUCGCCUGCAGCAACUCCAGGAUGUCGACUGGAUCGGAUUAACCCUCUUCACAUUCGGGCUAGCGAUAGCUCUCAUCGGCCUGACGUGGGGCGGCACGCCGACCUACCCAUGGAACAGUGCUGGUGCCAUCGCACCCAUCGUCAUCGGAUUCUUAGUCUUGGCCCUUGGAUUUGCCUAUGACUUCAAGGUCGCUGCACAUCCUAUGUUCCCAUUGAAGCUAUUCGUUAUGUUCCGAUGUUACUCUGUCCUGCUGGUUGUCAUCUUCGUCUCGGGCAUGAAUUUCCACGCCAUGUCAGCUCUUCUACCACAGGGGUUCUUGUACAUGUUCACCACCGACGGUAUUCAUAUUGGAGUGCUCUCUCUACCUAAUACACUGAUGAUCGGCUUCACAGGUGUGCUUGCGCCGCUUAUCGCACACAAAGUGGGCUAUAUCAAAUGGCAACUUGUCAUCGGCAUGGCCUUUCAGGCGAUAUUCAUCGGCGCCAGUGCAGCAACUGUCUACCCCAACCAAAAACUUGCUUACGCUUUUGUUCCUGCCAUCGGCGUGCCCAUGUUUGUCUGGGUCACAAUUCUGUCUUACGCAAUUGCCAGUCUUCAUGUCCCCCAUUCGAAUCUCGGCGUGGCCAUGGGUCUGCUAGGUACCUUCAGAUCAGGAGGCGGAGCCGUGGGUAACGCGAUUUUCAACACAAUCUUCCAAGAGAAGUUCCACGAGUUCGCCGGGGAAGAAAUCUCAAACGUGGCCAUCAGUAACGGACUGAACCCUGCUGAUCUGGGCCUCAUAAUCCCGGCAGCUAUCGAGUUCAACAUGGGCAAUCCUCGAGCACUACUCAAUGUCCCUGGUAUUACGCCAGGAGUCCAGGAAGCUCUUCGAACGGCUGUGCGAGCUGGAGCCGGACACGCCUUCAAGAUUGUAUUUUACGUCACUAUUCCAUUCAGCGUUGUUGCAUUGAUGUGCAGUCUUGUCGUGGAAGACCCAACGGCUUACAUGACAAACCAUAUUCAAUCUGCUAUGGGUCAGGACCAGGAGGUGUCGAAGUGUGGCAAACGUUCAAUGAUACCCGAGGACAGCCAGGCCAUCGAGUUCGACACAAGGGAAAUCCACGUAGAGCCCAUCAGAAAGAAUUGA